ACACCCAUCGAACUGUUUCCACCUCCAAAUCUUUCUGCUCUCUUCCGAUUUCCAGCUUCUCACUGAAUACCAAAAUGGCUCGUACUAAGCAGACAGCAAGGAAAUCCACCGGAGGAAAGGCUCCAAGGAAGCAGCUGGCUACCAAAGCAGCAAGAAAGUCGGCUCCGGCGACCGGAGGGGUGAAGAAGCCACACAGAUUCAGGCCAGGAACCGUAGCUCUUCGAGAAAUCAGAAAGUAUCAGAAGAGCACUGAGUUGUUGAUCAGGAAACUGCCGUUUCAGAGGCUUGUGAGGGAAAUUGCUCAGGAUUUCAAGACGGAUCUUCGAUUUCAGAGCUCUGCUGUUGCUGCACUCCAGGAGGCGUCCGAGGCGUACCUAGUUGGAUUGUUUGAGGAUACUAACUUAUGCGCGAUUCAUUCUAAGAGAGUCACCAUUAUGCCUAAGGAUAUGCAACUCGCUCGUAGGAUUCGUGGUGAGAGAGCUUAAGUUUUCGAUCUGAUUUGGCUUGUUGAAGGUCUUGUUUAGGGUUUAUUUCGUACACUGUUUCUGUUACAAGAUCAUUGUUAGGUUAUCUGAUUUCUAUCUUUGUUUUUGUGUAAAUUGUAGUAUGUCGAUUGAUUUUAAUAUGUUAUUCAAAUGGAGUAUUGAAUUUCAUGUUAUUGGAUUAUUAGUCUUA